GUUCAUGGCCAAAGGAAGAGAGGGAGUUUCAUGUAGACCUGUGAAGGGAAAACAUAAAAUUACAAACGACACUGCUCAGAAAUUCUCUCUGCCCUGACUGUCAUACCAGAGUACCAUAGACAGGAGCAUUUUACCCAUGCACAGUGCACUGUGCUUCGGGAGGGCCUCAUCUUUUGCCACCCUACCCCCUGUGCUUGCUUACUACCCAAACAGCUGCAUUGCAGAGUACCGGAACACAGAUGUUGGACUUGUUGUAAUAGGGAAAAAGCUGCUCCAAGAACCUGUCAAAAGCAUUAGCUCAGUACCUGCACCAUUCACCAGAAGUGUCAGCAGAGUUCCAACCAGUGACCUCAGUAUUUCUUCAUGUGGUCAGUCAUCUGCCGUUGGUGCAAACCCUGUGAGUCACCUCCCCUUCUGCUCCGACAACCCAGGCACUGACCCCAGUCCCUCCACAGAGCACAGCUCCAUCUACUCCUGGAGAUAUGACGAGUUUGAGCGGGUGAAUACACAGCAUGUGCAUCGGCUCUUUAACUCUGUGGAUGAGCUCCUGUAUGAGGGGAGAGUCAGCAGCUCAGAGUCUCUGCAGGAAGAGUGUGAGGAGUGGAACAGACACACCCCCCAUCUCAGAAUUUUAGGAAAUCAGUUAGAGCCUCCCAAACAGGAGGGUGUUCAGUACAUCUGCAGGCGAGAAUCCAGUACCAGAACCUCAUUGUUCCCAUCACCCCUCUGCCUGGACAAGAGAGAAGACCACAGCGUGCUGUUUGUAGAAGGCCACAGUCUGGCCCGGGGCCUUUGGUCUGAGCCGUCUGUCCUCAGCUCCUGCUCUCCACUGCCUGAGCUUUCACUCUGCCUCACCGAGGAAGAGGAGGUGUAUGAGACAGAGGGCAAUAUAGAGGAGUUUCUGGCAUAUGAUGGAAAAGAAAUGGAGGAUGAGGACGUGGGUCAGAGGAAGUCUUCAAACGUGAUCCCCAGGUGUGGAGUUCCGCCGGUGUCCCCCCAAGCAUGCAUUCGUGACGCAGUUGCAGAUGAGCUGUUUGAUGACGUUUGGAGGGUGGUGGUGGGUCUUCUGGAGGAGCUUUUACACAAGUAUUGGGAAAAACAAUUCCCGGUUCUUUUGGCAUCAGAUGGAAAGACACACAGGAGAACUUUGGAGAGCUCCAGUCAAGAGCCUUCCUCUCAGGACCCUGUUAAAGGACAUCACAUUCUGUUGUCCAGGGGUUCCAGUAGUAGGUCCACAUUCCUGUCAACCUGCAGCAAUAAUGUACAGGACUCAAGUGCCCUUAAGAUCAAUUUAAAUGGUGUUAUGACAAUACAAGCAAAGCCACUGCAAAAGAGAUAUCAGGGAUUUGGUGAGAAAGCCCUAUUUGUCCCAGAAGAUGGAGCAACCAUGUUAAUGUGUGUGAAGUCCCAGGCUCUGAGAGGGUCUUGUGUCCUCACACAAAAACCUGCUGCCCAGCGCAGACUCCCCAUUCCCAGCGGCAGAGUUCGGAUGUACCACAACCUCACAGGAAAUGGAAGCCAACUCCUACGAGGAACAAGACUAUCCACUGUGAAAGAGAGCCUGCCCUCUCCACCUGUGAGUGCAAUUCAGAACCACAGACUUCCUCACAUUCACUCCAAAUCUCCAGAGCAGGAGUUUUGCGUGCCUGUUUCCAGGCUUGUGCAGCUCAGAGUGAGGACCCUGAGAGGUGGAGCAAGCAGUUCCAUGCACCCAGUAAACAACCUCCCACCGUUAAGAGAGCCCAUGCUGACGCUGGAGUCUCGGCCCAAUACUACUCACACAUACAGAUCAGACACACCCAUGAAAAGGUCCUUUACGCCUUUGGAUUAUGCCUGUAACAUGAGGACAGGUCGAACACCUGGGAAAGCUAGUGGGUUCUUAGAGUGUGCCACACCUAGCAGGAGGCAUAUACCAAUCUCCACCUGUGCUGAUGGGGACAGAGGGAACAUGCCCCUGCUCAACUCAUUAGGUGGCCAGAGUCAUCGAAAAAAGUUGAGCCGGUUUCCAGUGCAUGCGAGGAAGAAAUUUCAGCCUGUCAUGCCAUAGCAGAGCAGUUCAUUUUGUAAUUGAAUGAAACAGCAACUAUUGAACACUGCAAACACUGCUGCUUAAUUGAGCAUACAUUAUUGUGAUUACUGGCUGUAUUAGCAUAGUUUCCUACCGUACUGUAUUUUGAGUAACAAACUGUCACGCAAAGUGCCUUACAUUUAUGGAGAGUUUUUAAUAAUUACCUCAACAUCUGGAGCAAACAAUGAAUUGAUCCAGCAGGAUGUAUCCCUGUUGUUUUCAUUUUUAAAUGUAUUGUCAGUUUUGAAUGCCAAAUAUGUUUUCUUUAAAAAAAUAAUUAAUAGAUAAUGUCAUGUUACAUAAAUGUAUAUUAAUUUAUGUUGUUACUGCUUUUAGAAAAAUGAGGCCAACUGAGCAAU